AUGGACUCCUUACGCUCGUGUAAAACCGCGCUCGACGAGGGACUGAUCUCGAGCGAUGAUUACGAAAAGGCCAAGGAUUGGUUCUUAUUCGCCCAGAGAAUCUCUCAGUGUCGAGAGUCCGGGGUGUUGACUCGUGAGGACGUGGAGAGCGUGCGACGAGAGAUGCUGAGCUCGAUCUCGAGCGGGUCCACGACGCUGUCGCUGGACGUGAAGGCGCUGCUGGGGAACGGGAGCGGCGGGAGCGGAGACGAGGCGUUGCGCGAGACGAAAUUUAACGUGAAGAAGAGCGCGGCGGCGGCACCGACGUUCAUGGUGAAGGUGGAGGGCGCGGAUACCGCGGCGGCGUUGGCGGCGGCGGCGCGAAACAGGGGUGAAAACAGGGACGCAGAUCGGGCGGACGCGCCGGAACAGCCGGCGCCGCCGAAACCGCCAGCGCCUCCAGUGGCGCCACCGCCGGUUGCGCCGCCGCCAGUGGCGCCGAUGGCGCCGCCGGUGGCGACAAAAUCAGUGGGGAAGAGUAUGAGCGGCGUCGCCGUGGCGGGUGAUUGUCUCUCGGUGUUCAACAAGGUGAAGAUGCGCACGAGCGACUUGCAGUGGGCGACGUUCCGCGUGGAAGAGAAUGAGGGUUCGGUCCUCACCGACGCGACGGGAGAGAUCUCGGGCGCUCACGAUGAUUUUCUCAAGGCUCUUCCCGACGGCGAGUGUCGCUACGCCGUGUACGACUACAAGUAUACGAACGCCGACGGCUGCGAGUACAGCAAGCUCGUGUUCAUCGUGUGGAAUCCGGACACGGCUCGGUUGAAGAACAAAAUGCUCUACGCAUCGACGAAGGAUUUCUUCAAAUCGCGCCUUUCUGGGAUCGCGGUCGAGAUUCAAGCCACUGAUCACGACGAAGUGAGCGAGUCUGAGCUGCGUGAGAACAUCGGCAUCGUACUCACGAGAAAGUGA